UUGCGCAGUAACAACACGGGCAUUAUUUACGUCCCCAUCGAAAAACCAGUGAAUCAAUCUAAUGUGGACGAAAUCACGCACAACCCAAACAAUGUAGCAGACCCGCAAAAUCUCACGACAAAGCCGGAUCCUGUGCGUUUGGAGAAAGCGAAGGACUGGUUGGUUCAGCGGCUCAAUGGGACACCAGCUACCACAACCGAGGCCUGGGAAACUACAAAGGAAAAGCAUGGAACGACGCCUGCAGCAGCGGACAGAACCACUGAAUCCCAGGCAGAGACGCAACGUACUGGAGUGCGUGGACUCCCAACGACUGCGGAAAUGCCUCAGCUUGAGGCGACAACCACAACCGAGGCCUGGGAAACUACAAAGGAAAAGCAUGGAACGACGCCUACAGCAGCGGACAGAACCACUAAAUCCCAGGCAGAGACGCAACGUACUGGAGUGCGUGGACUCCCAACGACUGCGGAAAUGCCUCAGCUUGAGGCGACAACCACAACAGAAGGACCAAACUUAAGCGUAUCACCAGUUCACACCCCUUCACCCCCAGAUGAUAGCACUUCUGCUACAAAGUCAAUCGUCUUCCUACUGGAUGCAUCAUCUGCUGCUCUCGGAGAAGCAUGGAAGAGUAGGGAGACCACUAAAGAGAAGAGCGUAGUCGUGUUCUCAAAUGGCCAAACUUCAACUUGUAACAUACCUUUAACAGGGAAUAAGGAUGAACGCAGCCUCGCCAACGAGUUACACAAUAAUAACACGGGUAUUAUUUACCUCCCCAUCGAAAAACCCGUGAAUCGAUCAUAUUUGGACGAAAUCACGCACGAUCCCAACAAUGUAGCCGACCCGCAAAAUCUCACGACAAAGCAGGACCCUGCCCGUUUGGAGAAAGCGAAGGACUGGCUAGUUCAGCGGCUCAAUGGGACUUCAGCUACCACAACCGAGGCCUGGGAAACUACAAAGGAAAAGCAUGGAACGACGCCUACAGCAGCGGACAGAACCACUGAAUCCCAGGCAGAGACGCAACGUACUGGAGUGCGUGAACUCUCAACGACUGCGGAAAUGCCUCAGUCUGAAGCGACAAUCACAACAGAAGGACCAAACUUAAGCGUAUCACCAGUACACACCGCUUCACCCCCAGAUGAUAGCACUUCUGCUACAAAGUCAAUCGUCUUCCUACUGGAUGCAUCAUCUGCUGCUCUUGGAGAAGCUUGGAAGAAUGUUUGUUGUUAA